AUGGUCGCUUCCCACCGCUUGGUCUGGCCAAAAUUCACCUAUAUAUACAACACUUAUGAUUUUUUCACUCCAUUCAUCCUCUUUCGCUCCGCCGACUACCUCGACGACACCGUCAGGCUGCCCGGCUGCACCGUCGCCGCCGCCGGCGGCAUCCACGCGCAGCGCUCGAGCCCGCCCGCGCCGCUCUCCACGCCAUGGGGAGUGCCUCCCUGUGAGCACCGGCUCCGUCUGCGGGAUCUAAACUCCCCCCUCUCUCAAUGGAUUCAUGGUGGGGCAGUCCGGCAUGCGCACGCGUGCAGCACGGUUGUGGCGUCGAGGCAGCUCGUGUUGUUCCUUCAGAUUUCAACGGUGGCCUGGGAUUGCGCCGCCCGUGCCCUGCAUCGCCAGCGGCCUGGGCUCGCACCGCCCGUGCCCUGCAUCGCCAGCGGCCUCGGCUCGCACCGGCAAGCAGCUCCCCCGCGACCCCUGGAGCCGGACCCUCCCCUCCCCUGCCGCGCGACUCUGCUCUGCUCCUUCCGCCAUCCCCGCGCGACUCUCGCAGCCGGAUCCACCCCUCCACUUCUGCAACUCCUCUCUGCUCCUCCCUCCCGCCAUCCCCGCGCCACCACGACGGGCUACCAGCACGGGCAGCUGCUGCCGUCCACAACGCCUUACCCAGCGAGCCCCGCCUGGCCACGGCUCCUCAAGCGGCUGUACUCGACGGUGCUCGCGCAGUACUCUGACUCCGGCCCGCGGUGGAACUGCAUUGCUUGGCCUCGUGCCGCAUGCAGUUUGUUGCUCCUCUCCAUGUGGUCCAUGCACAGGUUGCACCACCAUGGCUCGCUGGUAGUACUAUCAUCAGCAAGUCCGCUAGAAAAACAGGGUGUCCCAUGCUGUAGUUUGGCUAGGGGCAGCACGGGGUUCAGUUUAUUUUAGUUUUCAGAUUUGCAGUGUAGUCCAAGCUAUUCAUUAUUUUGUCAGAUCCACGACUCUGCGUGGGCUGCAAUUGUUGAAAAACAGAAAUACGUGGAUGAAGUUCAUUGUGUGUUUUCUCUAAAGAGAAAUCGAGUGAAAAUUGCAGUCUGUUGUUGUUUU